AAUAGUGGAGAUUUCAUAGCAGUAAAUUCUGUGUUUGACAUGGCUGAUCCAUCGGUGCGAAGCAGGGGAUGAACCCUUCCAACAUGAAAUUCAUUUCAGUCUCUUCCCCACACACUCACACCACCAACAACAUCCACGUCCCUCCAAAAACCCUCGUGCCACCCGUUUUCCAAGCUGCCAGCUGGGAAAGGGAGAGGAGCUCUGCCUCCAGUGCUGAGGAUUCCCAGGAUUCUGGCUCGGAGAGCCUGGAGAAGCAGAGGCAGCGCCAGCAGAGCAUCCUGCAAAAUCAGGAGCUGGCAGGGCAGGAGGCUGGGGACACCCUGGAGGAGGACAGCUUGGAUGGGGACAGCUUGGAGGAGAUGAGUUCUGAAGAGGAAGGAGCUGAGUGCGACACAAAAAAGAGGAGAAAACCAAAGAUUUAUGGCAGUGGGAGGAAAAAACUGCCUGUGGACAAAUAUUCCAGCCUGAGGUACAAUCCUCAUUGGAAGACUGCAAAAAAGGGAGCAGAUUUUCUUGAGGCAGAGAAGGCACCCCAAAUUUUUGGAGGGAGCAGUGGGGACUUUUCAGUGGAUUCAUUUUACCUCCAUUCUGGUGGCUCCUCAGAAGAUAAUCAACAGGAGGCAAAGAGCCAGGAUUCACUCCCCGAGUUUGAAUUAUUCAGCUUUUAUGGAGCAAAUGUGGCCAGCAGCAAACCUGAUGGGCCACAAGCCAAAAGGGAGGAACCCGCAGAUGGAUUUCAUUCCAAAAAUAAUCCUGGCCACGCUUUUCCUCCUCAGAAUCAACAGGAUCCACCCCAAAGAGCAAAAAAAGACUUUGUGAAAAAAAAUAAACGGACUUUGGGGUUACAGUCAGAGAGGAUUAAUUCCUAUCUUGAGCUGCACAAUAAAAAGCAGCAAGUUCUUCAAGGGCAGGUCGCAGAUCCUCCACCAGCUGAUGGAGAACCACUCCAGAAUGUCCCAGCAUCCCAAAAUGGGAAAAUGAAGCCUGAAGACAGAUGGUACCCAAAAGGACAGCAGCUCAAGGAGCAGCACAGGUUCUUGCAGAGACAAAAAGCAGAACCCCAGCAGCCUCUGAGUGGAAGAAGUUUCCCCAGGAGUGAUGGCCAAGAGCCGCCAGGAGCAGCAGGAGAAGCAAAUCCCUGGAUCCAGAGGCAGCAGCACACCCCAGGAUUCCAGGCUGCCCCCCCUGCGCUGGGGCAGGAUCCCAGCUCAGCCCUCAACCCAAAUUCUUCUCUUGGCCCAGCAGAAAAACCCCAGAGUGGCUUAAAUAAUUUCCCAAAUUCAAUCCUUACCACGCCUGGCUAUUUUCUCCCAGUAUUUCAGAAUUUUUACCCAGCAGAGGUUUUAAAUCCUGAAUACCCCAGUCAGGAGGACAAGAAAUGCCAGCAGGACUCUCCAGCUGGAAUUCCACAUCAAUUCCCAGCCAAUGCCAACCCUGGGCAGGAUUUUUCCAAGAAUAACAGCAGCAGUGACCAGGCACAUCCAGAAUUGGAGAAUAUUUCAGCUGAUUUUAAUGCCAUCUUUCAAGAAAGAGUGAAGGAUCAAGCACCUCUUCCAGAUUUCAAAAAUCAUAUUCAUGAGGAUCACAGCUCGCCAACAUCUGCUUGUAGAAUCUCCCAUUUCAUAGAAAAGAAGGAGCAGCCAAGAUUUUCUGAUUUUGAGGAUGAUUUUGCUGGCACGUGGCUGUGGGGUUUGUUCCCACCUGCCCUGCCCCAGGGGGAUUCAGGAAAAACUGAAGGAAAUCCAAAGAAAAUGAGAAGAAGCAGCUCAGAAGGGUCUCUCCUACAAAGGGAAAAACAAAACCAACCCAAAACCAGCAAGAAGCUGGGUAGCUCCAAAUUCGACUUGAAUCUGAGUAUGAAGCUUGGAGGCCUUGGACCUGACUAUGAAACAAUCAAAGAGAAAAAAGAAAAGAUAAAGCAGGAUUAGGAAUAUUCCAGGCAAUUUAACAGAAUAAACAUAAGAAAACUUACUGUGGUUCAGAGGUUGCCUGCAAAGCCCCAGGUGUUUUCAGUGUCCAGGCAGAAGGCUCUGGAAUAUGCCAAGAAGAUUCCGAGACCAAAGAUUUUCGUAGCAAAGCAAUCGGAGCAGGAGGUGAAGGAGGUUCUGCCCCAGGCUCCAGCUGGACCCAGGUUACCCAAAAUCCCAUCCCUGGAAUCUCUGUGGAGCAGGCACGAGAAGGAGAAGGAAGUUGUGGCUGCUUUUGAAGCCCUUCACAUCUUGUAG